GAGUUGAGUUGAGCCAUUUUCUUUUAUUUUUUGUUAAUCAAUUGCAAACAGGGGUUUAUUUUAAUUUAUAAUUUGAAGAGAGUAAUUUAUUUGUAAAGCCGGUUCUGUGUCUAUAAAUAUCUGCAACCGAUGUCAGAAACCUCAACAACAGUGAGUCAAGCCGCUAAGGACGAACAGCCAUCAACGAAAAUACCUGAUUCCAUAAAGAAAGUUAUAGCCAUGGAAAAAGAGAAUGAAACGAAUGCUAAUCGAAAAUCAAGAAUAGAUCUCAACGCACUGCCUACGCGCCAGUACCUAGACCAAACAGUUGUUCCUAUAUUAUUACAAGGGCUAUCAGCGUUGGCCAAAGAGAGACCACCAGAUCCCAUCAGUUAUUUAGCUGCUUAUCUACUUAAGAAUAAAAAUACAUUUGAAAAUAACAAUGCUGGAUCUAACAACAAUGCAGCACCAAAUUCUCAAACAUAGAUAAAUUUUAAUUUAAUUUAGCAUAAUAUAUCCACAAGGUGAUCGUUAAAACUUUUAGUUUCAUCCUUAUUAAUUGGCAAUAAAUUUUAUCUAAUUGACCAAAUAUAUACACAGAAUUUUAAUAUGAAAUAUAAUAUACUUCUCAGUUGCAUUCAGAAUAAAGAAAUAAACCAUGUCUUGAUAAUGAAUAUUGAUCUCGAUAAGUUUUGUAACUCGUUUCAUUUUGUUUUUAGCAAUAAAUAGAUAAACUUGUUGCCAAUUUAAAUGGAUAUUUUUCUUAUAACAAUUUGUGUCACAGACAAUUGUGUAACCUAACUUUAGCCAAUAAAUUUAAUUGUAAACCAUCACAAUUACCAUUUAAUGUGAUGGUUUACACAAUAUUGUAUUUUGUAUUAUAAGAUUGAAGUAUAGCAAUUUGUGGUCUGUAAAGAGGUCACAAUAGCAUAUCAACCUCCAACAAGUGCAGAUUCUCAACCUAAUGUGGGUUCGGAAAAAGCAGUAUGAGUGAGCCCAUUAAAGUCCCAAUAAUACUUAAAUGUUAAAUACUUUUCUGUCCUGCAUUAUUUCGAGUCACCAUAAGUUUAGGAUAGUGUUGUAGUACUUUUGUACAUCCCUAGUUAUUGUAUUCUUGAAUGUUAUAUUCCUAGACUUAUCCAACUCAAGUGGAGUCAGUGCACAAGUUUUUAUUAGCCUGAAUGAUUUGGCUUAAUUUUUAUGCCUCUCGGAAGCCUGUGACUACUCUACUCUUUCGAAAUAUAAUAUGCAGACUGAAUAUAUAUGUAUACAACUAAUUGAAUAAAUAUUACAGAUAACUUAACUCACAUAUUCCUUUGGCGGAUCCAAAACUGGCAUGUGCUGGCACUGUAAGCUUGUUUAUGAGUUAAGUUCUCUCUAAUUUUUUUUUUGAUAAUGUCUCACGAAAGUUUAAAUAAUUUAAUUACUAAUUGAUAUUGAAUCUAGAAAGUCCGAAAACAUUUACAAUAGUCUCUAUUUGUAUUUUCUAUCUACUUCCUUACAUGUUGAUUACUUGUGAGUUAAAUGACUAGAAUAUUUUACUUUAAUGAACUUAUUUAUGGCAAAAGAAGAAGGUUGUGCCAGUUUAAUAGCAUACUUUUGUUAUACUUUAAUGAAGUUUUGGCAGAUGUUUUUCUGAACUAUUGACUGUUAAUAUACACUGUGUCUAAUAAUGUAGGCAGUAAUACCAAUUGUAAUAAAUAUUUAAGUUCUAA